UCCUAUCCAACCAUACCUGAGGUGUCGCCAGGUGUGAGAGGAUCAUUCUCUGUAAUGUCUUCACAGAGGGAGGCUGUUUUUUCCCCGUGUCACUGUGUCAACAUCAGCUAAAUGUAGUUAGUUUACAAAGACGAGAAGGUCGACACCCGUCCUAAACUGGUGUGUUAGGUAAAAACAAGACCCGCAGCCAAGCCGCAGGUUUUUAUCACCUCAUUAACUACAUGCUGGUGAUGUCACUCUUCAUGUUCUUUUAAGGCACACAACAUGACAGUUUGUACCAGGAUGAGGGGACAUCUUGGGUUGGCACUGCUCUUGCUGUUGUCUGCAGCUGUAGAGUCCAACAGCAUGUCUCCACCAGGGAAACCAGUCCUGCUCGGCUGCAGGUCCCCUGAGAAGGAGACGUUUACCUGCUGGUGGGAGCCGGGCUCUGACGGAGGGUUAAAGACCACGCACCGCCUCUUUUAUGAGAGAGAGAGACUGGAGGGAAAGCACGAGUGUCCAGACUACCGCUCGGCAGGGAGGAACUCCUGUUUCUUUGACAGGGACCACACCUCCAUCUGGGUGGACUACCACUUGACAGUGGUGGCCUCCAAUGAGCUUGGGAACACCACUUCAGAUAUCUUUAAAAUGGAUGUGAUGGAGAUCGUGAAGCCCAACACUCCUGAAAACGUCACUCUGCUGGUGAUGAAGAGAGAGGACAAUCUAUAUCUCCAUGUCAGAUGGGAGCCUCCCUAUAACACAGACACCAAGUCUGGCUGGGUCACCAUUAAAUAUGAGCUAAGAGUCAAACAAGAAAAGAGCAACGAGUGGAAGGAGUACACAUCAGGCACAGAAACCCACAUCAACCUAUACAACAUCAAUCCUGGGACACUGUACGCUGUUCAGGUGCGCUGUAGAUUAGAUCAUGGCUCCUGGAGCGAAUGGAGCAAUUCUACCUCUGUGAAUACCCCUGACUAUCCUCACAAUGAGAAACUGUUUUGGAUCUUGGUUUCCAUGCUCUCUGCAGUUCCAUUUAUAACAGCAAUGUGUAUCUUGGUCAUGAAGAGGAAAAAUGUGAAGCAGUAUCUUCUGCCCCCUGUUCCUGGUCCAAAGAUAAGAGGAGUUGAUGUUCAACUUCUCAAGAGGGGGCGAUCUGAGGACGUCAUUAAUGCUCUGAUCAUCAACCAGAGCUUUCCUCCCAUGGUGGCCUGGAAGGACCAAAUCGAGGAGUACCUAAUCGUGUCUGACGACGGACUCCUGCUAGACCCUUCCAGUUCUCAAAAAAGGAAGAAAAGCUUGAUUAUUCCUGCUGGCUUCCACUUAGACUUGGGGAUCCAAUGUAAGGAGCCAACCCCAGUCCAAAGAGACUUGCAGAAGGCUGAGGAAAGAAAGAAUGAAAUGGAUAACUUUGUAAAAGCCAAUACGUCUCUUACAGAGGGGAAUUUAUCUGACAUGGAGCCACCCCAGCCGCCAACUCAGAAACAGCUGUUCCCAAUUGCAAGCUUUGUAAAAACAACUGAUCAGAGUCCAUCAAAGCACAACAGUGCUGCUGAGAACACCGUGAAACCUCUUGCAAAUUGCGGUUAUGUGGAUAUUCAGAGACAUGAGAAUGCAAAGGAGGUGGAUGUGAUAGAGGUGGACUACAGCAGAGUAAAGGAGGUGAGCGGUGACAAUAUUCUUAUCCUCCAGAGAGGAAACAUCCCAGGCUACAUGGACAUUCAGAGACAAAAGGAGAACAUACCAGAGGACUACAGCAGGGUGAAAGAGGUGGAUGGUGACAAUAAGGUCCUCCUGCAGAGACAAAAUGCCUCCACUGACUCUUCUUGUAGGGAAAAGGGUAACCACUACACAGACUGCACCAAUCAGAAGCUAAGAAAUCCUCAUGUAACUGGACCUAGUAAAGUGGGAGUGUGCACAGAACUAAUUGGUAGUGGAUAUGUUGAUACUAUCCCUGCACCACCUUUAAUGUAAAAUUUGUUUUCAUAUGGACUUAGUAAGAGUUUAAGCAAUGAGCUGGAGAUAUUCUAUAUUUUUCUUAUUUUUACUCAAUGGAUUGACACUCGGUACAGACAUUCAUGGUAAACAGAGGAAGAAUCCUGCUGACUUUGAUGAUCCCCUAAUCUUUCCUCUGCACCACAUGGUUAACAUUUGUGGUUCAUAGUGGAAUAUUUUGACAGCUAUGAGACUGAUUGUCUUUGAAGAUUCUUAGUCAUGCGGAUUAUGGCAUUUCGAAGUGCUAAGCAAAGGCAACUGGACUUGCUUGAAGUUCUUGAAAACGUUUCAUGCCUCAUUUGAAAGGCUUCAAGAACCUCAAGCAUGUCCAGUUACCUUUGUGUAGCACUUAAAAAUAUUUGACGGAUAGCUGUAAUAUGUAAUGAUCCUCUGACUUUUCAUCUUGUGCCAUCAGUAAGUCAAAUUUUCAAUUUACUCAGAGAAGCAGUUCUCUGAGUAAAUGGAUGGCACAAAUUUUAUUCUGGUGUGGUUCCCAGGAGAUGAAUCCUAAUUCCUUUGGUGAUUUCCUGACCUUUCCUCUAGUGCCACCAUCAGUUUGACAUUUUUGGUUCCAAGUGAAAUAUAUCAACAAAUAUGGGAUGGAUUACGAUGAUGUUCAUGUUCUCCACAGGAUGAAUCCACACAAUUUGGCUGAUCCCCUGCCUUUUCCUCUACAUUUUUGGUUUCAAGCUAUAUCAAGCUUCAGCUAGAUGGAAUACUUGUUAGCAGAAUUAUAAUUGUUGCUUUGGAAGAAAAAAUAAAGCAGUAGUUGGCGAUGAAAAGAUUAUAUAAUGGUUUUGCAGUCUAUUGCUUUUGCCUCAGGCUAAGGUAAUUCUGGUUUAUCUGGGAUGUGUACACAAGAAAGCGACUGCACUGCGUCUUUCAAAGUAAUUACACUCACAACACAAAAUUCACGUAGCAACAAGCACAUCUGGAUUAAUAAACACUAAUCUGAAAAAAAUAAGCAGAGGACUGCAGAGAAACAUGUCAGUAGUCUAAUCAACUAAACUAUUUAUUUUGCAAGACAUUUUAUGCCACUGAUUUUAAAGGAAUGGCUUCCUAUUACUCAUCGGCUAUUGAAUUUCAUUCCAGAAAGAUAAAAAUCCUUUUUGAAAAUAUAGUUCAUUUUCUUAGUUGUGUUAUUUUAAGUCACAAAUAAUUUAAUGUUUUUUAUGUCUUGUUUGAGUUUGACAUUGCCAAUAAAUUAUAUUCCACAGUUUAA